ACCAGUUCCGGUCUGAGUCAAUCAAUAUGUAAUAUUCAAUAGUACUGGAAUUGGCCUAUUUUUUUAAUGAUAACUUAAAUUUUCCUCAAGAUAGCUCUUCGAUGAAAAUAUGACGCUACUUGAACGUUUCUCCGUCUUUUUUAUAUCGGCUAUAGCCAUAGGAUGUGUAUCUUCCCUAUCAAGUUUUGAUGAAUACUACAAGCAUUUCCAAGAUAAUUCGGAUUAUAUAGAAAGAGAAAGAAUGUAUCCUUAUAAUGAAACUUAUUUUGAUACAAAUAUUGUUACUCCUCAUUCGUCAGAAAAAGGAAUAGAUCCCAAAAUAACUUGGUCAUUUCCCUUUUAUGGAAUUAAUUAUCCAGCAAUAUGGAUAUCUCAUUAUGGUCAUAUAGCUUUCUCUAGAAAUAAGCCAGCCAAAUCUACGCCUUACGCGAAGGAAUUUCCGAAUCCUGAUUAUCCAAAAGUUGAUGAUUUUCCUUUUAUUGCUCCGUUUUUUGAAAGGACCGAUUUUCAUGCUCAACAAAUACCAAGGGGAGAGUUUAGCAAAUUGUAUUAUAGGCUCUUGGACGAAGACGACGAUGUUCACAAGGAUAUAACAAAAGGAAUGUUAAAAUUCAUUAGUCGUGAUGUUGUUGGUGCUAUACCUAACUUAAUGGAAUUCGAAGCAACUAAAGGCAUUGUCGUAACAUGGCAUCAGGUUUCCUUCACAAGUGUUACUCAAGAUAUUAACUCUCGACCUCGAAAUAGUUUUCAAUUGGCACUAGUAACAGACGAAAAAAUGACAUUUGCAGUAAUAAACUAUCUGCAAAUGUCUUGGUAUGGAGCUGUUGAGAAUGGUUGUAACCCUGAUACAGGAACUUCCCAAGACAGUAACAAGAAAUGUAAACCAGCAAACAUGGGAAUGAAUGCCGGUAAAGGCAGACAAUUCACUAAAAUGCCUUAUUCGGAAAAUCCGCGCAUGAUUCAAUUACCAUUGAUACCAUUUGCUGGAUCAAAUGUUACUGGUCGCUUUUAUUAUAGGGUAGAUGAUGAUAUGAUAAUUACAGGAGGAUGUUCGAGUGAUAAGGAAAUUCAAGAUGAUAGACCCUUGCAAACUGUUCCCUCUUUUACACACAUGUUAGGAGGAAAUGCAAUUGCUGUUUCUGGUCCUUGUUACAGGCAUCCAGAAAAACCUCAAUGCAGUUUUGACCAAGACGAUUACGCUGGUUACGUUAUGGGUGAUGAUACGUCCAUGAAAGCUUAUUGUAUAUCACCACCCCUAACUAAACUGAACAAACUUAAUAUGGAAGUGUCUGCUAGAGCAAAAAGUAUAUCUUUCAAGUCUGAACUGGAAGUCGGUAGAUUCACUCUCCAGCAACCACAAGUCAAAGUUUCGGGAGGAGAGAACUGGCUGGACUCUACAGAAAUUUCUCUUGAAUGGGACAAAGAUGCUCCCGGCUUUAAAGAUCAAACUAUAAAAAUAGUUUUAAUGGGUUACAGAGAGGAUGGUUCAAGUUAUGAACUAAAAAAAAUACAUACUUUGGCUAAUGAUAUAAAGAAUACAGGAAAAUUUUCCUUUUCAGUGGACGAUCAUCAAUGUAAAAACAUUGAAAAUGUCAAUAAUCCUUGUAGACUAUUUGAUAUAGGAGCUUUCACAGUAUGGAGAAGCAGCACAGAUGUUAAUAACCCUCUACGAAUGUGGAGUCAUUUUAUUCCUUUGGGAUGGUUUAUAAAAACUUUUUCGAAAUCAGACAGGGGUAGCGAUUGGGCCAAAUCUAAAUGUCAGGCCUGGCACUCAAAGGAUAUUAGAGAUCGUACCUGGCGUACUGAGCUGGACCCUUGCCCUUGUACUAUACAACAAGCAAAGGCAGAUUUUGGCAGAUUUCAGCCAGAUCCCUACUGCCAAGAAAACAAUAAGUUUCCAGAAAAUUGUGCUAGGCAUACUGAAGCUGUUCACUGUGUCCGAUCAACUCAGAGCACAAAAUCCGGAGCGGGAAGCCAUUGCUGUUAUGGACAAGAUGGAGAACUAUUAUACUCCGGAGAUUCUCUCUCUGGUAGUACCUCAGACAGAGCUCAUGAAUCUGGUAAAGAGCCAUAUGGUGAACCUCCAUAUAUUCCAACUUUGAGUCAUGCUUUCAAUGAAAUAGCUCCAUACUAUUUAUGCUGCGUUUAUGCAAAUAACGAUGGGUUAUGCUUUGACACAUACAUGAAAUCAAGACCAACAGCGGAUUGCAAAAACUAUAAACCUCCCCAGACGUCUGCUGUAUAUGGUGAUCCUCAUUUUUUGACAUGGGAAGACGUUGAAUAUACUUUUAAUGGUAAUGGCGAGUUUUGGCUCAUUAAAACAGUGGACUCAAGUAGCAAUCAGAUUGAGUUACAAGCUAGACUCGAAAGAUUGCACGUGCAAGGAUCGGAUGAUGAAAGUUAUUUUAAUGCAUCUGGUGUAACAGCCAUUGCUUUAAAAGACGGUGGAGGAUCGCAGAUUCAUAUUGGAGUUAAUCCUGAAAAGAGUCGUAAAAAGUUACAAGUAUAUGUUGAUGGUGUGGAAAGGAGCUUUGUUAAAGACCACUUGUGGUGGCAAGAUUUUUCUGGAGUUUCAAUCAUAAAUUUUGACCGAGAGUCUGAAUCCCAAAACAAUCUUACUGUAUAUACUGUCUCUGGAGUUGGUUUACAAGUUUCAUACUUUCAGCCAGGACUGUUAAGUUUAGUCGUUAGUGCACCCGAAAAAUUGAGAAAUAAAAUACAAGGUUUAUUGGGUAAAUGGGACAAUGAUCCUUCAAAUGAUUUAAUGCCUCAAAAUCAAGGUGGACCUGUAAAUUCAAACAACAGACAGCAAAUACACUUCAAGUUUGGUUUAACUUGGCAAAUUACUGAUGCCCAAACAUUAUUUCAAUAUAGAAUGCAAAAAAAUUGGAAUUAUUAUAAAAGGGGUAAUUUCACCCCUUCGUUUGAAAUACCUACAGGCGCACCGGACGCCUCUGAUAUCUGCGGUAAUGAUUUUGAAUGUAAAUUUGACUAUGCUAUUACUAGAAAUGAAGCUCUUGCUCAAAUUACUCUGAGAUCUCAGAAACGAGUUGAAGAAAUUAGGUCAUUAGCAAAUUCGGCUCCAAAAUACUGUAGUUGGUUAGCAAUUCCAAUGGCCAUAAAAGAGAGUCCCAUUAGAUAUUAUGUUGGAAGUAGAGUAAUAAUAAAGGGAUGUCGAUCCGGGUAUAAAUUAGAUGGCAGAGAUGAGUAUACUUGUGAAGAAGUAAAUGGUGAAGCAAGAUGGUCUCCUUCUGUCACAACUGAAUGUAAAAUUGAAGAAGAAGCGGAAGCUCAAAAAACAGCUCUUGCUAUCGCUAUUUCUGUUCCAGUUGGAGUUGUUCUUAUUCUUGGUAUCAUUCUGGCUAUUGUAAUAUUUUGCCUUUGUAGGAGAAAAAUGAAAGAAAAGCCUUUCGAUGAGCAAAAAGAGGCUGAUAUUGCUGGUAGUGAUGUAAUCAAGGUUGUUCCAGUAGUAGAUCCAAAACACGAAAUCUCCUUAAAACCAAACCUCCAUAGUUAUAGUGAAUAUGAUACUGCCGGUGAUACCACUUUUACAUCUGUCGAGAUAUCUCCAACAACGAAGAGAAAAGAGGCAGCAAAUCAACAAAACAAUAAUUCACCCAUUCAACAACGUAAACCUCGACCUCCCCUCAUCAACAACACCCCUGUUUGGUCAAAACCACCUCCAAGUGAAGCAUCAUCCGAAUAUUCAGUUAGACCAGUUCCUCGAAGUCGACCAGAUCUCAAAACAGAAGCGCAACCUGAAGCUGCCCCAAAGCCGUAUCCAACAAAAUUUGGCAACGGGAAGUCUCAGGAGGAGCCGUUAUUGAAUAGUAGGCCGCCACCUCUGCAUCCGAAACCAAACAAGAAACCUCGCCCAAAUUUAAAUAAGAGUCAAGAAUCGCUUUGCUGA